GAAGUUUCUGACGCUUUUCUUCAAGUAUAUCAACAAUACGAUCAUUUCAAUGUAGACCCUGACAACCCUCAAGAAGAAGCUGCUGGAAAUAGAAUUGAAGAAAUAGGAUCUGAAGAUGAAGACUUAAUAAACCUUGGAGAGGAGUCUGACGAAGACACUGUAAUAGAAGUUCUGAAUAACGAUUCAUCCUCUGAAAGUUCUGAAAAUAAUAUAGUUAGGAACCCUCAAGAUCAAGCUAGAGCUCUUAAUAAUCUUGCUGAUCAAAUUUUCAACCUCGUUAAUCAAAUCAAGCCUACUCCCACACCUCAAGAUAUAGAGAAAGCUUUUGUGGCCAACCAAGUUACUGAUGCUAGAAAAUUAUCUGUUAUUAUCUCUUAUUUGAAAGGCCCAGCAGCAACUCCAAAUAUUGAUCUGUGGAAUGAUCCUCAUAAUCGUAAUCUUAGUUUUCAACCUGAAUUCGCCUUGGAGAGUAAAUGGUUUUCUAAGUUAUUUACUAGAAAACAAUAUUCUCUUGAAGCCGUUGAUACUUACUAUACUGUUAUAGUUGAGCUCUUUAGACAUGUUGAAGCAGAAGGUGCUCGAUAUCCAAAUAUAGCUAAAGUGCAAAUUUUUGUUAAUGGAUUACAUCCUGAGUUAUCAGUAGCAGACAUGGACAGUGAUAUUGAAAAAUUGAAUGAAACUCUCAAUAAUAUGCUUCACCAUUUAAAAGAUCAAAAUAAAAAUUUUACUAAAAAUCAAACACAUUCUAAUAUUGUUUGUUUUAGUUGUGAACAUACUGGUUAUAUAGCUCCUCAUUGUCCUAAUAACAAUAUAUCUCAUUCUAAUCAAAAUAAGAACUAUCAAUCUAAUAAUAGAAAUUUUAAUAAUUCUAAUAAUGGAAGUUCUAAUUAUGUUUGUUCUUUAAAAAUUGUGGAUGUUGUUGAGAAAGGAGAAGAAUUUGAAGAAUCUAGUAAAAUUAGUGAAGAUGAGUUUGAGGAAGAGAAACUUGAUGAUCACAUGUUUAACUUUGUAGCAUUUAAAAAUUAUUUAAGUAAUCUUAAUUCUUCUAUUACCUCUUCUUCCAUUAUUAAUAAUAAUAACUCACUUUAUUCUAAUCUUUAUACUAACUGUUUAAUUGAAACUCAUGAAGAUAUAAUUAGUUUAUCUCGACAAGUUGAAAUAGAAAAGUUGCUUCAAAAUAAUGCUAAUAUUUUUGCGUAUGAGUCACAUGACCUUGGUAAAACUGAGAUAGUUAAACACUAUAUUGAACCUGAAAAAGCAUUAACUAUAAAACAAAGCAUUAUCACUAAUCCUGAUAAAAUUAAAGCCAUUAAAGAAUUUUUAGUUCUUUGUGAUCUUUGA